AUGCGUCCCGACAAGUCUCGUGAUCCGGUUGCUGGGCCUGACGCAGGCCCAGAGAGCCCGUAUCCAAUCCGAUUAUCAGGGCCCGUCAUCAAGGGCUUCGGCCGAGGCAGCAAGGAGCUCGGAAUUCCCACUGCGAAUAUCCCGGCCGAUAACCUGUCCGAGGAGCACCCUGAGCUGAGCACCGGAGUAUACUAUGGUGUCGUAGCGCUUGACCCUCGGGGCCCGUCGCAGGAGAAGGCGAAUGGUGUGAAUUCUGGCGCUGAGAAGUCGGCGCCUGCGACCAUCUUGCCAGCCGUGUUAAGCAUCGGAUACAAUCCGUUCUACAAGAACACGGUGCGAUCGGUGGAAAUUCAUAUCCUGUCUCAAUUGACAGAACCGUCGCCGACAGCUGUCCCUCAGCCGAAGUUCCACCGCAUGCCCGACUUUUAUGGCACACAGCUCAAUCUUUUGAUUCUGGGAUACAUCCGCCCUGAGUACGACUAUGUCUCACUCGAAGCUUUAAUCGAGGAUAUUCGGGUGGACUGCGAGGUUGCGCGACAAAGCCUACUUCGCGAUGCUUAUCGGCGAUAUCUCGUGGACGACGGCAAGUCGUCGGCUCCAGUCAGUGCAGAUCGAAAAUGGUUGGAGACUUUUGAUGGCGCGGGCGUAAAGAUUUGA